AUCACUGGUCGCGUUAUGUUCUUGUGUUUUGAUGUGUUCGUGAUUUUAUUCGUCAAGGCAUUUCUUCUGGAUUUUGAUGCUUGUUUAGCGCGAACAUUCGCUGUUCGGCACCCUGGUGCAGGCAUUGCAAGCUCACUACCGCCCGAUCAUCAACAGCGCUCCUCCGAACAUCUACGCAGAUAUCAACGGCGGCAUUUGCCUUCCGAAACCGCCAUCCGCUUCCCUCAGCAACGACGAAUCGAUAUUUCUCAAAGAGCCGCCAGUUCGAAGUGCGAGGGAUAAUUCCCCAACGGAAGGAGAAUUCCCGCCAAACACCUUCAGGCCAAAUUUGUACAACGCGGACAAAGUACCGGUACUAACCAACAGAGACAGCUGUUUUCAAAAUCUUCCGCAGCUAAGGGGAGAUUCUCAGGGAACGUAUUUGCCUCGUGUCGAGAAGCGGCUUCAGUUUUCUCCUGCUGUGGUUGUCGGUAACAGUUCAGGUGUGGACUACUCCCCCGGCAACGCCCAUGAAAUAGCGUCAUACAAUUCCGACUCUCCGUCGUCUCCUGUUUCUCAUAUAGUUUUACCUCCAGUAGAUGGCAUCGAUUUCAACACAUGGCGACCUGCUCCAGACGGGCAAGGAGUGAGUAUAUCUUCCGGUGCCGCCGCUCAUGCGCUACAUAACGUGCCUUCCAACGCAUCGUCAAACAAGAGCUACGCCGGCGUUCUUGUUGAGAAGGUAAGUUUGGCUGUCACCAGUAAGCUGGAGGCUGUUGUUCGGUUUCAUGACGUUUUCAAGAUCCUGGAGGAAGAAGGUCUGGGCCGAUACGCUGAUCCGUCGCUGAUACACACGGCUCAGAUGGAAAUCGCCGAGGCAUAUAAUUUGACGCCGGAGCAAAUGGACUCUGCCGCCCUUUCGCUUCUGCGCAAAACGCAUAAGUAUUUCGACCACCUCGGGGGUCAAAGACCUGGUGAUAUUAAAGACUAUAACCAGUACUCGGAAACUGCUCUUUUGAGACCUCGAUCGAUCGUAGAGCCUGUCGACGAUCCAGAUCGGAUUCCCGAAGGAAGUUACCCUGUGUAUAUGACAGCUGUCUGA